CAUUUUCAAUCUACGCUUCUCUCUCUAUACUCUCUCUCUCUAUAUAUAUACAACUCCAUAGAGAGAGAGAGAGAGAGAGAGAGGUGGGCUGUAAAUUUCUGUGCUUUUUGUUUGUAUAAGAAUCUGAUCGCAGGGUGCGUUUGGGAACCUCAUCAAGCAAAUGAAGAAGUUUGUGCUGAAGUUGGAUUUGGAGGAUGACAAGGAAAAGCAAAGGAAGGCUUUGAAGACAGUGUCUUCCCUCCCAGGAAUCGAUGAAAUCUAUGUGGAUGUCAAAGGAAAGAAGCUUACAGUGAUUGGAUCAGUCGACCCGGUGAGUGUUGUGAGCAAGUUGCGCAAGAAGAAUUGGAAAGCAGACAUAAUCUCAGUCGGUCCUGCCAAAGAACCCGAGAAGAAAGAGGAGCCGAAGAAGGAAGAAGCGAAGAAAGAGGAGGAGGGGGAGGCGAAGAAGGGGGAACCAAAGAAAGAGGUGGAGGAGGGGGAGGCGAAGAAGGAGGAAUCAGCAGCAGCGAAGAAGGAAGAGCCCAAAAAGGAAGAAGAAGACGUAAAGAAAGAAGUGGAGGGCAAGAAGGAGGAGAAGAAGGGUCCUCCGGAGCAAGAACUUGUGGUGGGAACAGCUCUUCCCCUUCCCUACAGCUACAGCACCAGGUCCUCCUAUUAUCCUAACAAUCAUAUCAAUGCAUACACAUACCACCAUGUGCAUCACAAUCACGGCGUGGAGGAGAACCCCAACGCCUGCGCUAUCUGUUAAUGUUAAGUCGUCUGUCUUUUGUUCUCCCUUGCCCUUGGUUGGUUGGUUGUUUGUAGAGAAUUUUCUUUAUACAAAUACAAUACAAUACAAUACAAAGCCAGGGGUAAAAACUCUGCUUAUGCAUAUGCUUAUGAAUGCAACCCCCCUCAUCAUA